AUGAAAGGAAUUCUAGCUUCCAUCUGUACAUUGGCGCUCUUGGGUAUUGUGAAUGCAACCUUUCCCAACGACCUCUUCUUCCAUCAUCACCCAGAUCUUGUGCUGAACAAAAAUCAAAUCGUGAACAAGAACAGCCAGCCUCAAGAUAACUCAAGAGGAGGACGCGGUCAUUACCGCCAGGCCUAUCCUCCUCCAUCUCGUAAUGCUUAUCACGGUAAUCCUGGAAGAAAUACUUAUCGUAAUGGCGGUGGAGCACCUCCCAAUCGUGCCAAUUACAAUCACAAUGGUAAUCGCAAUCGAUACGAGCCUCGUUCAGUUGCACCAGUUCAAAAGUUGUCUUAUAACGAAGAUGGCAGUAUCAAGUGGCCAAACAAGCUAGCUGCUUCAUAUGAUCAACAGCAAGGUCAAGAGCAGCAACAAGGUCAAGGUCAACAAGAUUAUGGACAGUACUAUGACCAAGGCCAGCAACAACAGCAACAACAACAAUCAAACGAUCCGUCUCAAGGCCAGCAGUAUAAUGAUUAUUAUGGAGGUAAUGCUGGCUACUAUGGCGGUAAUAACAAUAAUGACAAUGGGCUCUAUGGAGGAUCAGGUAAUCAGCAACAAAACGACUAUCAUGGUCCUAAUAAGCAACAGCAAAACGAUUACUAUGCACCAUCUCAACUUUAUUCUGGAGGCAAUCAAGGAAACAAUUACUACCAAGAUGAUCAGCAACAAUCUCCUAACCCUUACUAUGGACAAGGAAAUAACGAUUACAGAGGUAAUCAAAACGAUUACUAUGGUGGUAGUAAUAACUACGGCUACGGUAAUAACUAUGGUAGCAACAACAAUAACAAUUAUGAUCAAGAUCAAGGUCAAGGUCAAGGUCAAGGUCAAGGUCAAGGUCAAGGUCAAGGUCAAGGUCAAGGUCAAGGUCAAGGUCAAGGUCAAGGUCAAACUAACAAGAAUGAACAAGGUGCCAAGAAGAAUGUCACUGCUGGAUUUGCUGGUGGUAUCCGUCUCGCUGGAGCCUUGCCAGACGAUGGGUACAACCGAGGCCAAGGCACCUUUUAUGACUUGGAGACUCGCGUUGGAUCUUGUGGUAAGCAAAACAAGAACUCAGAGCUCGUUGCUGCUGUCAACAGUGAGCAAAUGGGCGGCGACAAUGGCCGUAACAAUCCCAACUGUGGCAAGGACAUUGAAGUGGUGGGUCCCACUGGCAAGACUGUUCAAGUAACAGUUGUAGAUAACUGCAAGACAUGCAAAUCUGGUGGCCUUGAUUUGAGUCCUGCUGCAUUUGAAGAAAUUGGCGAUUUUAGUCAUGGCUCAGUUCCCAUCAAAUGGAAGUUUGUUUGA